AUGGAGGGCCUGAUAGAUGUGUACGAGAAUGCAGGCCUCUUUAAGGUCGACCCUUCUAGGAGCGUGCAAGUUGGGACAUCAGAGAAGCUAGCUGAAAAUGUGCCCAUCUUGUUUGAAUCGCUUCGCUUCAAGGGAAGCCCAGGGACAAAGAACGGGGAGUCAGUGAUUAUGGAGUAUGCAGAAUUCAAGGCGCUCUUUGAUGAAUCGACGCUGGGCGUCUUGCAAAAGGUCGAUGACUGGGACAAUUGCAUGGUCGCUGGGGGUCAGGUCCUGGCUUGCCUCCGCGGCUUGGACCCCUCCAUCGACAAGCCCUCCGACAUCGACAUCUUCAUGUACGGUCUUGAAGAGACCGAACAGUGGCUCGCACGUGUUCAUAAACUUUUGAGCCAGAUUCACGAGGGCUACAAGAUUGCGAACCAGUGCAACCCCGACGAUCGCCCGUCUGUGUUCAUCGACGUUGUUCGGACUGACCACACGCUGACGCUUAUCCCCAAGUACGAAGUGGAAAUCGACGAUGAGUGGGUGUCGUUGCCCAAAGUCCAGAUUGUGACGCGAAAGUUUGAUAAUGCUGCAGCCGUCCUGGCGUGUUUUGAUGUUGACUGCUGCUGUGUCGCCUUCGACAACACCAAGGUUUGGGCCAGCCCACGUGCGGUCCGUGCGCUGCGCACUGGUGUCAACCUCAUCGACCUCAAGUUUCGGAGCGCCACUUUCGAGAACCGUCUACUCAAGUACUCCCGGCGCGGGUUUGCGGUGCAAGACCCGGAGAUGCGGGGCCACGCACUCGCGUGUCUAGACAACUACUUUGGCGGAGAUCAAGGCGUCAAGGAGAAAGUGGACCUGGAAAACCUGGUGCGCUGCAUCCGGCGCAGCACCGGGCUGCUGAAGCUGCUGCUAGCGGACUUGGCGGGGAGGCGGGGCGUCAUCUGGGCGGGUGUGAUCGUCGAUUCGGCCUCUUUUGACGGCGACAACUCGAAGCACGGCUUUCGGCAGAAGUACAGCGAGCACCCAAAAGGAGGCGAGAACCCGGAGCACGGUUUCGAAGAGGAGUACGGCGAGGAGGCGUUUGACCCCGCGCAGGGCCCGGUGGUGUUCCACCCGCCGCUGCUGCACGAGCCGUGGAUGGCCAAGUACGAGCACCGCCAGCUGGAGAAGCUGCUCGCGCACUGGGAGGACCUCAGCGGGGAGCUCAAAGUCGACUUCUCGCGCGCGGGGCCCGAGAUUAACAGCAGCCGCGAGGCCUGGGAGCGAGGCGUGUACGAGAACAGCUUCGAGAACAUCGAGGCGCUUCUGAAGCUGCCGCCCCCUCAGCCUGUCACGUCCAGCGCCCCCGCCAAUGAGCCCUCCCCUGAGCAAGCAGAAAGCAGCAAAAGGCCAAAGCCGAACCCGGGCGCUGAAAGGCCCCGGGCGAAUAAAGGCAGCCCCCUUCUGGCACUGCCGAAUCUGCUGCUGUUCGACAUUCUGAACCGAUGCACGGGCGAGGCUCUGGCCGCCGCCGCAGCCACGUGCACCACCCUGGAGCGCACCAUCGCGCUGGGGGGGGUCUGGAAGCACGCGUGCCUGCGGGACUUCGCCCCCCCCGGGCCGGCCACUCCGCUCCCCGACGUUCCCCCUCAGGAGUGGGGUCAGGCGUACCGUGAACUGCGCAGUCUCGCGAAGAUGGGGUGGGCGGAAUGGGACGUGAACCCGAUGCGCGCACAAGCCGCGUGGCGCGAGAAGAGCGCGGAGAAUGGGCUGGAGUACGCGAAGAACGUGCCGCUGCCGUGCGACAGGCACGCGAACGCGGUCUUUGGGGACAAGCUGAUUCUAACGGGCGGCACCCGCCACAAGGUGGGCCUGGCCGGCACGUUCGUCUUCGACUUCCGCGCGAAGCAGUGGUCCAAAGUGCCCACCAAGCUGCGCCGCCGCUUCCUAGACGGCGUCACCGUCAAAGCCGUCGACUGGGAGCUCCCGGCGCGCCGCGGCCACACGAUGACGCCCAUCAACGGCCACGAGGCGCUCAUCCUGUUCGGCAAGCGCGGGCUGACGCCCGCCGAGCUGCAGCGCGUGCGGCGGGCCUCGCAGCGGGCCGGGAAUGCGCCGAACGACUUGGACGCGAUCCAAGCGGGGUGGGCGCGCGCGAACGAAGAACUGGACGCAAUCUGGGGCGCGGAGGCGCUCCACGGGUUAUGCGCCGACGCGUACGUCUUAGAUGUUGACACGUGGACGUACGAGAAGCUGGAGGCGCGGGGGAUCCCCCCGGCGCCCCGGAAGGGCCACACGGCGGUCGCGCAUCCGGACGGGAAGUCGGUCGUCGUUUUCGGGGGCCUGCUGAGCUCGAAGGAGCGGGUGGUCGCGGACGCCGACGAGCAGUGUAUUUCCACCGCGGGGCUGCACGUGCUGGCCCAGGAGUGUGAAAAGGGGCGCCGGGUGUGGGUUUGGCGGGAGGUGGAAACUACCGGGGAGGCGCCGCAUGAGCAGCAUGGGCACGGCGCGUGUGUGGUGGGCGACCGGAUGAUUGUGCUGGGCGGCCGAGAGGGUACCGGGCGGAACGCCGGAAACCGUGUAAAGCUAUGGAGUCUCAACUUGAAGUCGAUGCACUGGUCCCAGCCCCCGGUUGACCAGUCGGAGUCGCCGCCCGUCCUUCGCCUCUACUGCGGAGGCCCAGUUGUUGUGGGCGACAACGUCAUCCUAGUUGUCGGCGGCGUUCGCGUUGUCUACUUCAACCUGCGAGACUCUAAAUGGCGGUACGAGGACUAUAACAGCGAGCUUCGGGUCAAAAGCUUCGACGUCGAGAGGAACGUCACUCAUUCCAGAGCUCCGGUUGCGAGGGCGGGCCACACGCUAGCGCGAUACGGUUUUUCCAUCUACAUGGUGGGGGGGGAUGUGAAGAGCCACAAUGUGUUCGAGAACAUGCCGGUCCUUGACCUGCUGGGUUAUGAUGUCACGCCGAGGGCCUGAAGGGGUGAUUAAGACAAGCAGACGUAAAAUAUGGUUUGAAUAAAGAGGCUGUCCAUGUCAGGUUGCAUAAGGUUGUUCGGACACUUGUUUCUCAUGCCGCAGCUUCUUGUGUUUGCUUGACCUGCAUGUUUAUAUAAACACAAUCCAAAGUGAAAAUAGAAGGUUCGCCGUGCUUGAGCGACAGAACACGAGGACAAUUCAUGUAUUUUAGAUUGGUCACUUCCAUCAUAGAAGUCCAGAAUCAUUUCAAUCCGGU